UAUUGAAUUCUGAAUCUGAUCUGACUUUUCGCUCGUCACGGAACGUUUUGUGUUAGAAAUUCCUGUAAAUUAAAUUAAAUUAUCAGCCUUUAUCCGAAAUGUGCUCUUUUAAUCUUAUUUUCUUAUCUAUUACCUCUAUUUUUACGACAACUCAAGUAAUCCUCAUAAUUUAGAAAAUGUUUAUUUGCGGGACUACUGUGAUUCAAUAAUUUCUUAUUGAUAUUAACGUAUUUCGUUGCUACAACGUUAAAUUUUUCGCAAUGGACAAAAGCGUGACGUGUGAACAUCUAAACAAGCUUGUUAACUUCCUCGAAAAGGACCUGUGGCAAUCUAAGGAGAAUUUAACAUGUUUUGACUGUGGAUGUCUCGGCCCAAAUCUCUGGAUCUGCUUGCAACCUGACUGCCAUCACAUUGGAUGCUCUGAAGUUAAAAAUGAUCACAGCACUUUACACCAAAAAAGUUUAUCGUCCCAUUGCGUUCAUAUGAACAUAUCGACUGAGCGAAUAUGGUGUUACUUGUGCGAAAAAGAGGUACACAUCAGAGCUGCGCUUGCGCAGGCAAAAAGUCCAGAUUCAGCGAUGGAGGACAUGUCGGUGACCACACGUCCCGGCUUGGUCGGGAUCAGUGUCAACUCGGACGAAGACCUCGACCCGGAUGAUAUGGAGUAUGACGAAGAACAGCGACCGAAAGGGCUGGUGGGGCUGCAGAACAUGGGCAACACGUGCUACAUGAACGCGGCGCUGCAGGCGCUCAGCAACACGCAGCCGCUCACGUCGUACUUCCUGGAGUGCGCCGCCGCCGUGGCCGUGCUGGCCGGCGACGGCAAGCCGGGCCUCAGCCGAGCAUACCAAAAAUUAAUUAAAGAAAUGUGGAGUAGGAAAACUAGAGGCUAUGUCGUACCUAAUGGUAUUCUAUACGGAAUACGGAAUGUACACCCGAUGUUCCGUGGAUACCACCAACAUGAUACGCAGGAGUUCCUGCGAUGCUUCCUUGAUCAGCUACAUGAAGAGUUAAAAGAACCGGUGUGGGACAGCACGUCAGAAGAUAAGCUGACUUCAGAAGCAGACGGUGACCAUGAUGUCAGGAAUGUACAUAUUAGACGGAGAGCUGCUUCUUCUGGAGCUAGUGACGCGCCGUACUUCGCGAGAAUGAGGCGGAAAUCCCCCGCACCCUCCGCGUACAGCGACACCAGAGCUGAUGGGUAUUUAAGAGUACAGUCCCAGGCGGAAGGCGUGGCACGUCACCGACGCUCGGCGAGCUUCGCGGGCACGCACCAAUUCACCUACAACGUACUCGCACACCAGAUUAAUGGUUCGGACGCGACGCAGCGGGACGUGGGGUCGGAGUCGGAGCUGUCGUGUUCGAGCGAGGCGGAGGAGCGCUACGAGACGUGCUCCAGCGGCGCCAGCGACGCGCCAGACCCUCAGACACACACGUGGAGCGCUGGCGGUGCGGGUGGUAGUGGUGACGGCGGUGGUGGUGCGAGGUACCGCAGUAUUGUAUCCGACGUGUUCGAUGGGAAGCUGCUCUCUUCUGUGCAGUGCCUCAUAUGCGAUCGGGUGUCGACCCGCAUGGAGACGUUCCAGGACCUGUCGCUGCCGAUCCCGUCGCGCGAGCACCUGGCUAUGCUGCGCUGCCAGCAGCCCGCGCUCAGCCAGCACGCUCCGCCCUCCGCGCAGGACUCCUGGAUAUGGUGGCUGUUGAGUUGGCUGCGGUCGUGGUUCUACGGGCCCGUCGUCUCGCUACAGGACUGUCUCGCUGCCUUCUUCAGCGCUGAUGAACUUAAAGGGGAUAACAUGUAUAGUUGUUCCCGGUGCAACAAGCUCCGUAACGGUGUGAAGAUGUCGGGCGUGAUCCGUCUCCCGGAAGUCCUCUGCGUGCAUCUCAAGCGUUUCCGUCACGAACUGAUGUCCAGUGCUAAAGUUGCCGCUCGGGUGUCUUUUCCCAUCAACGACUUAAAUAUGGCUCCUUAUACCCAUAAAGAGUGCACCUCGAAGGUGAGCCGCUACUCGCUGUGCGCCGUCAUCUGCCACGCGGGCACGGCGGGCGGCGGGCACUACACGUGCGCGGCGCGCGCGGCCGACGGGCGCUGGGUGGCCUUCGACGACGCCGCCGUCGCGCCCCUCGCGCCGCACCACCUCGCCGCCUGCGAGGCCUACGUGCUGUUCUACAGAAAAGUGAAUCCACAAAUGGCGAUACUACGGCAGAAAGCAGCUGAGAUAUUAGAAACGGCGAGCUCGGAACCAAACGACCUCAAAUUCUACAUUUCAAAACAAUGGAUUAAUAAGUUCAACACGUGGGCGGAGCCGGGCCCCAUCGACAACAGCGACUUCGUGUGCGUGCACGGCGGCGUGCGGCCCGAGCGCGCGCCGCACCUGCACGCGCUGGCCGCCAGCCUGCCGCAGCCGCUCUGGGACUUCCUGCGCGACACGUUCGGCGGCGGGCCGGCCGUGUCGCACGCGCACGAGUGCAGCGUGUGCGCGCGCGCCGCCCAGCGCCUGCGGGCGCGCCGCGCGCGCGAGCUGGCCGCCUUCGCGGACCUGCACGCGCUGUUCCAGGAACAAGAUCGUCCUCGCGCAAUAUUCGCGAUCAGCAUGCAGUGGUUCCGCCAAUGGCAGGCCUUUGUGCGGAACAAGUCGCGCCACCCACCGCCACCCGUCGACAACACUUCCAUUGUCACUAAGCAGGAAAUCGACGGCAAUGUGACUUUCGUAUUGAAAGCGGGCUCCGACCACGCACAGCUCAGCGAGGAGCUGUGGCGGUUCUUCACCGACAUCUACGGCGGAGGGCCCGAGGUGCGGCUGUCCGCGCCCCCCGCCGUCGCUCCCGCGCCCGCCGCCGCCCGGGCGCUCGCCCGGAACUACUCCGAGUCCGACCGGGAGGACUACUGCAACAAAUCCACCUCCGAGGUCAACAUCAGGGACUCAGUGCAGGGCGAGCUGCAGAAGAAUCAGUCCCUGCAGAAUAUCAACCGCAGAUACAAAAAGGCAGAUUCCGACGAGGAGAUUACGUACCGGCAUUUCCAGUACAAGCGGCAUGAGCCGAACGGAAACUACGACUCGGACGAGGAGAUGGAUGUGAGCCCCGUGAGGAUGGAGAACGGAGUGGACAGCUCGGACCACGACGCCAACGACAACCCCGUGCUCACGAGGAAGACCGACCGGUCGACGGAUACGGAACUGCCAAACUUAGAUAGUAUAUCGCUCAGAAAUAAACCCUCGAAAGCGGGGAAAGUGAGAAAAAUCAAAAGACGGACAGUGAAAUGAUUCUUUCUAGCUUUCCAGUUCGUUCACAGGCUGAUGCAGAGGGCGACGGGCGCCGCGGGCACUUCUGAACAUUCCUACAACGGUGACUGGUGUUAACACGUGCAUUUAUUAGGUUCCAUUCGACCUAAAACAUUGCUACUUCGACUAACGCGGAAAAGUUUUAAUAUUUUUUUAUAGACAUACUCCUAUCCUGCGGCCUCGCAUUCCCGGGGGGUUAGUGUUUAGUACAAUUUUAGUUCAAAUUCAGAUUUAGACUCUUAGGUACCUAAUUCCGUAUUGUUCGGAUUAAUCUGUAAUAUUUACAAUUGAAUGUAUGUCUGUCUAAAUAACUAUCGAAUGUUACACAUCAUGUAAAAAAAUCAUAUUUGUAAUGUAUAUUCUACACCUGCAUUUCUUCGUAUGCAUUAAACCAUGGGUUGGGUAUUUAUUUUUGUUAUUCCUGGUUCUAAGUCUAUGUGUUAUUUGUUAAUGGAUUGAUCAGCAAUAAAAAUAUAUUUCAACUAAAUACAUUUAAUUCAUUCAUUUAAUUAAAAAAUCGCCCCAUUCUUAGUAUUUGAUUUCAUGUUUCAAAUGUUUAAUUUAGUGGAAGGUAAAAAAAAAAACAAAACGAUGUCCAUAAUAUUUAUUACAAUGAAGACCAUAUUACAUUGUGUUAUUAUAAAACAGGUACAAUGUUUAGAAUUAUUUAAUAGGCGUUCCUGCGAGGAUAACUUCCGGUUCAUAUGUCCCUUUGUGUUAGUUAGUACUAAUGUCAAACUACUUUCAUUUUACAAGUAAAGUUAAGCUUAACGAUUUCAACUUUAUAAUAAAAAUUAUUUUUAUUUAUAAAUAUUUAAAUCGAAUAUGAUUUGAAACUGUACCAUGAUUUUUUUUUUAAAUAUAUUCUUAGUAAGUUUAACAUUUAAUAAAAAUGCUUUAGUCGAAAAAAAGCGUAACAAAAUAGAUUUUUAGACUUUGUACAUACAUCGUAGAUAUCUAAAAAUAUUUUUUUUCUUUUGAUAUAAUUCAAACAACUAGAUUUUUUAAAGGCCCCUAUGUUAUAUACCAUAAUUAGUCCAAUAUGUACCAAAUUACGUAUUCCUACGAAUGAGUGACACAUUUUGCUACGAGUAAAAAACCUACCUCAUAACAAUGAUGCACAUAGUUAUAGGAAAUUAUUAACAUUCAAAAAUCGCUACUGAAAAGUAUAUUUUGUGAUGAUUAUUCGAAAAAGGUUUUUAUAGGAAAAAAAUAUGUUUUGUAUUUUUUUUUCUUACUCGUAGUAUUUUCGUUGCAGUUAACCGAACUUAAGCUUACAUUUACAUAAAUAAAAAAAAAAUAUUCGAAUUCUUACAAUUUUAAACACAAAAUAGAAUUAUGUAAUUAUUUGGUAUUACACAACAAUUUUCCAAUUAAAAAAAAUAUAUAUAUAAAUACAUAUAAUGAGUCAAACUCAUUACCUGAUUUAAUAAAAACUGGGAAAGUAGAAUAGUAACAAUUAAAUUAUGCAUAAAAAUAUUUUUAAAAA